CGGGGAUGGAGCUGGGCUCAGGAGCUGUCUAACUCUGCUGGGGGCCGGGGCGCAGGCUCACUCGCUGAGGAGCAGAGGGAGAGACCCUGCCGGGCUGGAAGAAGGGGGGGCACACAGCACGGUUCUCCCUGCGCUCAGUUCAGGGGCAGAGCGAGACGUGGACUCGGAGACUCCGCUGGGAAGUGGGAGAGAGCGACGGUGCGAUGGACCCCAAGGACCGCAAGAAGAUCCAGUUCUCCGUCCCGGCGCCCCCCAGCCAGCUGGACCCCAGGGCAGUGGACAUGAUCCGGCGCCGGAGGCCCACGCCCGCCAUGCUCUUCCAGAUGUCGGAGCACUCGUCCCCGGAAGAGGAUUAUUCCCCAUACCAGAGAACGCUGGGCGAGGGCCACCUGCUUAAAACAAAGAGGACCAACCCGUGUGUCUACACGCCUCCCUCUCUUAAAGCCAUGCAGCGCAUUGUGCAGUCGCACCUGGAGGCUGGCAGCGGCCUGGAGGACGAGGAGGCUGCCGAGCAGGAGGACAGCUCCGAAGGGGAGGCCGAGGACGACAAGCCCUGUGACCCAGACGACAUCGACUCCGAGAUCCCCGGCCCGUGUGAACUCGAGAGCAGCGGCGCUCCUGGAGCCCAGGCGAUGAAGGAGCUGCCUCUGGCACCUGAGGCAGCAGCAGCCCGUCCCAAGCCAGCUCUGCCAAAGCAGCACUCCGCCCCAGGAACUGAGGCCAGAGCAUUUGAACCCCGUAUCUAUCCAGCUGUCGUCAAGUCACACAAAAGGAAAGGUGGCCAGAAAGUGUCCUUUGCAGGCGGGAUAGCAGAGCUUGGGGAUGAACUGAACUCGCUCACUGAAUGGGAGAAACCUGAAGCUACUGAAGGAGACGGGACCAAGGCCCAAGAACCAGAUCCAGGACAGGACAGUCCUUCCCCAAGCGAACACAAGGAGCGGAGACACGUUGGCUUUGCAGAGAGACCUCCACGCUCCGUUAACGUAGAGAACUGCUCCGCCACCUCCCCGCUGGGAGGCACCAGUUAGCUGGGGUGGCAGAAGGAAGAUGGAGGAAGCCGUCUCAGAGGUGGAACGCACUCAUCUUCCCGCUCCACGUUAUGGAUUCUCUUUCCUUAACGGCCUCGUUUACUUUAUCUCCCCCCCACACACACACACUUCCUUUCUCAUCUUUCUGAUUUUUCCCGUAACCUGCCAAUGGAUGGCUCGUUUCUGUUAAGUGAAUUUAGUGCUGGCGAAAGGUGGCAGCUGGACCAGAUGUUUGAAAGCCUCGGCAUGUCCAUCUAGACGAUAGAGAUGGGCAAGUCCUCUUGCUAUGGGGCAUCUAAUCCAUCCCAGGCCGGAGGCUAAUGCAAGAUUUCCCCUAUUCUCCAUUUACUAGUGCCCUGUCCUGUCCGUCUAACGGUGCCAAACAAUGGGGCUUCGGCCCCUUCCCUUAGGAGACAAUCACACGUCCCAGUGCAGUACAGGAGGCAGCAAUGCAAGCUUCCCCCAUGCCUUCAACCCUACAGAAAGGCCCUUCCUUUGGACAGUUCAGUCUUUUUGGUCCCUUUAGUCCUUGCCCUCUUUGCUUGAGCCUGCUAAAAGAAAACCGGCCCUGGGCUUCUCUGACAGACCACAGAGCGAGAGAGGAACACGCGAGCAAACUCCAGCUCCGUGUGGCAGGGGGAAGCCCAGUGCUGCUAGGGGAGUGCUGACCAGAGGAGAAAGCUUGAUGAUUCCACCCUCUAGAGCAUCUCCAUGACUUUCAGUGGACCAGAGUGUGGGUGUAGGGGCACUGAACACAGGGGAGACAGGGCAGGUGGGAUUACUUUAAAAUUAAAAUGUGAAAUGGCACUGGACAAUUGAAGAGGUGGAGCCAAAUCACAGUGUUGGUUCACCAGCCCUGGAGCCUGAAGUCCUCUAGUUUAUAUCCUAGGGCAGAUAGGGUCAAGCUUCCCCCACCAACGUGCCUCAAGCUGGAUCUGCAGGAAGGACCCUGUCUCAGAUCCUCAAAGCUUUUGUAGGUGCCUAACUCCCCUUGAGCCCCUGUCUCUAGCGAGGGAGAAGGCCUCCCACUCGAUCCUUGGCUUCUCUGCUGACGCUGCCUAGCAGAAGAGGCCAGUUUGUGCCAGUGAGGGUGAUUUUUGUCAUGUGGCCACUUAUCUACUGGGACCUGCGCCAAGAACCCAUUAACUUGUUUCACAGGAACCACCACACAUCUUACAAUGGCUAGCGGCUUGAGCUGGAUUUGAACCAGCCCCCUGGAGGGAACGUUAACAUGGAAAAUGCAAGAAGCUCCUGUUUGCCAAAUUCAAAUGCUGUUUUCCAUGGUUAGAUCAUCCCUAAUGGGGACUGCAAGCAAGAGGCAGCUGUUUAGUUUAGUUUAGGUCUCUCUCUCUCUCUCUCCUUCUCUCUAUCUCAUUCUGUACCCUUUGAUCCUGUAUUGAGCAAUGCCCCUUCCAUGCACCUCACUGCGGUAAUAAAGCUUUGUA